AUGGCUUCCAAGCAGGUGCUCGUCGCCGUGGUCGCCGCGGCCGCCCUCGCCGUGGCGUUCCUCCCGGGGCUCGCCGUCGCCACGGAGUACGUGGUCGGCGACGACAAGGGCUGGACCCUCGAUUUCAACUACACGGCCUGGACCGAGACAAAGCAGUUUGUCGUCGGCGACACGCUAGUGUUCGAGUACAACAGCGGCGCCCACAAUGUGGUGGAGGUGGGCGGGCCGGACUUCCUCUCGUGCACCAAGCCGGCCAACGCCGUCGUCUGGAACUCCGGCGAGGACCGUGUCACGCUCGACAAGGCCGGACGCAGGUGGUUCUUCUGCGCCGUCGGCCAGCACUGCCAGAAUGGCAUGAAGCUCAAGAUCACCGUCCUCGAGACCGCUGCACCAACUCCCCAGCCGGCCCCGGCCCCGUUCGCAUAA